GGUCCGGGCCCUGAGGGAGCCCAGGACCAGGUCCCGAGGCCUGUAGGGUUCAGUCCCGGUGUAGCCGUGAUGGAGCCGGAGCCGGGUCCCGCUCCCGGUAGGGACCCUCGUCCGUCCCGCUGGGACUGGGACUGCCCGUCGGCUCGGCGCAGGCUGGAGGAGCUCUACUUCCCCCGGCGGACCUGCCCCGAGGAGACCCAGGGCUUCUGGGCCUUCUUCGAGCGUCUGCGCCGCUUCCAGAGCCGCCGUCCGGAGCGGCAACCGACCGGGAGCGACGACGAAGACCAACCACCCGCCCGCCGCCUCGGCCUGCCGCGCCGCUACCACCCCCGGCACCGCGUCAACCUGGCGGUGCCGAGCCCCGAGCCGUCAGCGGGCCACCCGCGGGUGCCCCGGGAAGCCCUGCAGGAAUUCCUCGACGCCUUGCUGCUCUACCUAGACUUCGGCCAGAAGCGGAGCUUCGCCAAGCUGGCCAAGCUGCAGCGGGAACGCGAGGCGCUGCCCAUCGCCCGGGCUCGCCAGCGGCUCCUGCGGGCCGUGGCCGAGAACCAGGUGGUGGUGGUGGCCGGCGACACCGGCUGCGGCAAGUCCACGCAGGUGCCGCAGUUCCUGCUGGCCGCCGGCUACCGCCGCGUGGCCUGCACCCAGCCGCGCCGCAUCGCCUGCGUCUCGCUGGCCAAGAGGGUGGCCUUCGAGAGCCUGCAGCAGUACGGCGAGCAGGUGGGCUACCAGAUCCGCUUCGAGAGCAGCCGCUCGCCCGCCACCAGCAUCGUCUUCCUGACCGAGGGGCUGCUGCUGCGGCAGGCGCAGCGGGAGCCGGCGCUGCCCGCCUACGAGGUGAUCGUCGCCGACGAGGUCCACGAGCGGCACCUCCACGGGGAUUUCCUCCUGGGGGUCCUGCGGCGCCUCCUGCCCGCCCGGCCCGACCUGAAGCUGGUGCUGAUGUCGGCCACCAUCAACAUCCGCCUCUUCUCCGAUUAUUUCGGGGGCGCCCCGGUGCUGCAGGUGCCGGGGAGGAUCUUCCCCAUCUCGGUGAGGGCGGUUUUGGGGCUGGAGAGGGCGGUUUUGGGGCUGGAGAGGGCGGGUUUGGGGCUGGAGGGCGCGGGUUUGGGGCUGGAGG